UAACCCUAACCCUACUAGAUUAAGACGCAGCGGCAGCUACUCCACCACCACACGAACCCUCACUUCCACUUCAUUUCCGAUCUCUGAACGAAAAAGGGGAAAAUGUCUUUUGGAGAGCUCGCUUGCACCUACGCUGCCUUGAUUCUUUUCGACGAUGGCAUCCCCAUCACUGCGGAGAAAAUUGCGACGCUGGUUAAGGCUGCGAAUGUGACGGUGGAAUCAUACUGGCCGAGUCUUUUUGCUAAGCUUUGCGAGAAGAAGAACAUUGAGGAUCUUAUCUUGAACGUCGGCGCUGGAGGUGGCGCUGCCGUCGCCGUUGCUGCUCCUGCCGGCGGUGCUGCUGCUGGUGCCGCUGCUCCAGCUGCCCCCGCUGCGGAGGAGAAGAAGGAGGAGCCAAAGGAGGAGAGUGAUGACGACAUGGGCUUCAGCUUGUUCGAUUAAGAGGAGUUAUUUUAAGUAUUGUUUUGUUGUUCUAUAUUUGCAUACUUGGAGUGUCAUCCUAAUUUUUGAACUAUAAUUAGAUCAUUAUCUUUAGUGUUUAUGUUUUAUUCUUAGAAGAAAUUAAAGUUAGCCUCUUAUGACAGUUCCAAUGAUUCAAAUUCUGAGUAUUUUGAAGGAUUCUAAUCAUGCAGUUGAGUUUAAUGUUUGGAAUGUGUGAUAAGUAGACUGAUUUUAUCUGA